AUGUCGGUCCGAUCACUCCUCGACACAGUGCUACUGCUGGUCAUCCUGGGCUUGUUGCUGGAUCGUGGCUGGCAGGGCCCGUCCAGGUUCGAGGUUGGAGGUGACAUAACAGGAUUUGGACCACAGAUAUCCCAGCAAAUCAAAACCUUUACGCCAGAUCCUACGUUUGUCCCUGAAAACUACACCGAGUUCUUUACAGACGAAGUCAAAGCCCGGUGGCUGAGCAUAGUUCCCAAGGGGCUAGGAUACCUGCAUUGCUUGCACUCGAUCGUUGGGGUCGUGGCGGCCUACGCGUCAGGCGAGCUCGAAAGGAUGCCUCAAGACGGGCCGUGGCACAUCAGCCACUGCUUCGAAUACCUGCGGCAGAGCGUCAUGUGCUGCGCCGACGUGGCGCUCGAGGGCCAGCAGACCACCUUCCCGCCGGGGUUCACCGGGAGUGAUGGGUGGGAUGCGAAGCAUGUCUGCAAGGACUACAACCAGGUCCUGGCACAUCUGGAGAAGAACCGGGCCAACGACGAGGUCUGGAUAUCAACUGCGCAUGCCGAGGCAGCACAAAAGUGCUGGUGA